AUCGUCGUAUCACGAUAAUAAAAUCGUCGUAACACCAUGAGGAUAACAGUGUCCGUUCUCUUGCUGCUUGGGCUCGUUCUCUGCGUUCAGGGUGACGUUACCGAAACCAAAGACGAGGACGAAAGUUACCUGAACUGUCUGCUGGAGGAUAACACCGUAGGAUGCCUGAGCACGAGGUUAGGCAGAAAUCUGGACGAGAUCGAGGUACGAGUGACUGGGAAGAACAGCGAGACACCGAUGAGUGCGGUCAUCGAGCAGGCUGGAAAUUUCGUGGCCGAGGUGAUCGACGACGUUCAAAAUCCCGGAAGAUCGGACGAAGUGGCGGAAACCGCAGACGCUGGUGAACAAGAGGAAGGACGUGGCAAGAAGUUCGGAAAGAAGAAGAAGAAGCAGCUGCAGAGACUGCUCGGUCUGGCCAUGUUGUUCAAAGCGAAGCUCGGCCUGCUGCUUCAGCUCAUCUCGACGCACUUCCAACUAAAGUUCUUCUUCAUCUCUGUCAUCACCUUGGUCCUCAACGUCGUCAAGUUUUGGCUCGAUUUGAAAAAGUCUCAACCCUCCAAGGUUAUCUAUUACGAGCACGCGCAACACCAGCACCACUACGAUCACGAUGAUUACGAUCAUAGCUGGGGACGAUCGUCCAACGAUUCUCCCCAAGAUCUUUCUUAUUCCGCCUACGCUCCGAAAAACUGAGAUGACAAUCAAGCAUCAUCUUUCCAUUGACUAAGUGAAUAUAAGUAACAGCGAGAACAAAGAGGUGACAAAAAAUAGCCUCCAUGCUCAGGUUUUUAAGUAAUUAUUAACUCUUGAUUGGUAUCAUUGGGUCAUCGUCAGUCAGAAAAAUUUAGGGUUAAAGAUUAGACUCAAGUUUGGAAUUUCUCAUCGACACUUCGGAAAUCUUUACGACGCAACGUAAAUUGCUGAUAGUCGUCUGUGACCCAGGGAUGCUACCUGAGGGUUGAAAAAUCUGUUAAUCGUCGUUCGUUUCUCUGGAAAUUAACUCAAACAGUGUUAUCUAUAUUUAAUCCUGUAUUUAUAUUAAAUUAUUUAUUUUUUUAUUUAUGUUAAAACAAAAACGCGUCGACAUAUCGGCGUUGUGCUUUGGAAAAGUGUCUCCACGUACCUUUUUCUAAAUCGCAAAGCAUUCGACGAGAGAACCCAAUCUCGUACCAAAGUCCAUUUUUGCGUGUCUCUGUUAUCAUACGUAUCCCCACGCUCCAUAUCUGCCGAACUCUCGUUAACUUGUUGUUGAAUAACACCUGUAAGAAGCGUUACAAUAAAUUAUUUUGAUAAUAAUUUAAA